GAAAAUAUUAAAAAAAAAAGGAAAAGAGCGAGAGAGACAGAGAGGGGCGCGAGACGUUGCAGAAACAACAAAGGUUGCAGGAACAACAGCGACGUUACGACGCUGCAUAGAUCUUCACGACCCAGUACCACCUCCGGUCGUCCCUUCAACUACAGCCGCUAUGGCGAUCAUGGCGCAGAAGAAUUCAAUUUUGCAAUGCGGGAAUGAGCUAAUUUACACGUUGAUUUGUUAGUGCCUUCUGGUCUUAAAUUUGCGGAAAUGGAAUCGUUGAUCGAGCUGUGUGACUUAAUUGCUGAAAAACCCGAGCAAUUCGCUGACAAGUUGGUCUGGAUAUGCGGCCGGUGUCCUUCGGCGGAGUCUCUCCUUACCGGAUCUCCUAGGGUUUCGAGAUCUCAGCUCAAUGCCGUCCUGGCAGUGGCUCGUUUCCUCUCCAAAUGCCCAAAUUACGACGAUCAACGGCCUAAAUCCCUCCUCCUUGCCUUCUAUCGCGCAAUUCCAUCCUCUUUCACCCCUUCUUUCUGGCCCCAAUCAUUUGGCAAUGACGCGAUUGCCUCCUUCUUUAACGACUACUUUGCUUAUAUGUGUAGAGCUGCGGAGUCAGCCUCUGAUUUUGCAACUGACAUUGCUGGCUUCACUGGAGAAAUUGUGAUCUCUGCCACAGGCAAUGUCUCUGGGGAUUUGGGGAUUUCCAGGGUUUUCUUGAACGCCUUGGCCUUGAAUUUCCCGCCCAUUCUUUCGUCUGAUGCUAACAGGUUAGUUUCGUGUCUUCUUGAACGGCUUGAAAUCAUGGUUCCCAAUUCACCGAGGGAGCUUAUUUCUUCCGAGGCUGCUUCAAGUCAGAGUUCACCCUUGAGUUUGAACCAUUUUCCAUAUCACUCUAAUGAGAGGGCAAGUCCAGGGAAUGAGGUGAGUAAUGCCUCCGGAUCAUCUGGCAGCGUUGCUGAUGAUGCGUCGUCAUCAAAGGGAAUUGUGACCAAUGGGGGCAGCGCUGGCUGGAAGAGCAAUGUGGAUAUCUUGAACGUAAGCACAGGGCUAAAUGAUGGCGGUGGAGGCAAGGGAAUUCUUAUAUCUUUUGAGCAAGAGUCCUUGGAGAACCUUGAAAAACAGGAAAUUGCUUUUAAAUUGAUAAGGCAUAUAUUGGAUAAGGCCACGGUUGAUUCCAAGCUUUUGGAACAAGUGAGACUUGUCACAAAGGAACAACUCCAAUCAAUGUUAGCAUUUUUAAAGAUAAGAAAGCGUGACUGGUCUGAACAAGGGCAUUUAUUGAAAGCAAGAGUCAGUACCAAGCUAUCUGUUUACCAAGCAGUGGCUAAGUUACAGAUUAAGAUUCUUGCAUCUGUUGACCUUGACGGAAAGUCAUCAAAGAGGUUCUUGCAUGGAACUCUUGCAUUGUUGAUAGAGGCUGCUGAGGCAUGUUUAUUUUCAGUGUGGCGGAAGUUGAGGAUUUGCGAGGAGCUAUUUGGCUCUUUACUCGGUGGAAUUUCCCAAGCUGCUGUUGCACGUGGUGGCCAGCUGUUGCGAGUUUUGCUUAUUCGUUUCAAGCCCCUAGUGCUGACUACUUGUAUUCAGGCUGACACUUGGGGCAGCAGCCAGGGUGCAAUGUUUCAGAGUGUCUUGAAAGCAACUUGUGAAAUAAUUGAAUAUGGAUGGAUCAAGGAACGGCCGCCUGUGGAUACUUUUAUAACGGGAUUAGCUACUAGCUUUCGUGAACGUAAAGAUUAUGAAGAAGAGCUUCAGCAAUCGCAUGAUGCAAAAGAUAAGCAGGCAGCUUCUGCUGGGCAACUUAACAUGAUUCGCUUACUUGCGGAUUUAAAUGUUUCUGUUAGCAAGCCUGAAGUGGUUGACUUGAUAUUACCACUAUUUAUUGAAAGUUUAGAAGAGGGAGAUGCCUCGGCCCCAGGCCUACUGAGACUCCAGCUUCUUGAUGCUGUUUCUCGCCUGGCGAGUUUAGGUUUUGAGAAAUCUUAUCGUGAAGCUGUUGUUCUAUUGAUCCGAAGCUACUUAAGUAAACUCUCUGCUGUUGGCUCUGCUGAAAGUAAAACUGUGGCACCAGAAGCCACGACAGAACGUGUUGAGACUCUUCCUGCAGGAUUUCUUGUGAUUGCUGGUGGCCUAACCGAUACCAAAUUGAGGUCAGAUUUUCGUCACCGUCUGCUAUCUUUGUGUUCAGAUGUAGGCUUAGCUGCUGAAUCCAAAAGUGGAAGGAGUGGAGCAGAUUUUCUCGGUCCUCUACUCCCUGCUGUGGCUGAAGUAUGCUCGGAUUUUGAUCCUACUAUAGAUGUGGAACCUUCACUCUUAAAAUUAUUUCGCAAUUUGUGGUUCUAUAUAGCUCUUUUUGGGCUAGCUCCUCCAAUACAAAAAGGUCAGGUGACGACAAAGUCAGUGUCCACUUCUCUAAAUAGUGUAGGUAGCAUGGGUGUAAUUGCAGUCCAGGCUGUUGGUGGACCGUACAUGUGGAAUGCUCAGUGGGCUUCUGCAGUUCAGCGCAUCUCUCAAGGGACUCCACCCCUAGUUGUUAGCUCUGUAAAAUGGCUUGAAGAUGAGUUGGAACUUAAUGCUCUUCAUAACCCGGGUAGCCGGCGAGGUAGUGGCAAUGAAAAAGCUGCUGUAAGCCAAAGAUCUGCUCUUUCAGCUGCUUUAGGCGGGCGCGUGGAGGUUUCGGGAAUGGGCACAAUCUCAGGUGUCAAGGCAACUUAUCUUUUAGCUGUAGCGUUUCUAGAGAUAAUCAGAUUCAGUAGUAAUGGUGGCAUGCUCAAUGGUAGCCCUAAUUCAACGGCUUCUCGAAGUGCCUUCAGCUGUGUCUUUGAGUAUUUGAAAAGUCCAAAUCUCAUGCCAGCUGUCUCUCAGUGCUUGACAGCAAUUGUUCACCGGGCCUUUGAAACAGCAAUACUUUGGCUGGAUGAACGGGCUUCUGAGACUGGUCAUGAUGCUGAGAUUAGAGAAUCUGCCCUUUCCAUCCAUGCAUGUUUUCUUAUAAAAAAUUUGUCUCAGAGGGACGAGCAUAUUCGUGAUAUUUCAGUAACUUUAUUGAAUCAACUCAGAGAUAAGUUUCCGCAGAUUUUGUGGAAUUCUUCUUGUUUGGAUUCCCUACUUUUUUCUAUCCACAAUGAUCCGCCAUCAGCUGCCGUUCACGACCCUGCUUGGGUUGCUACUGUCCGUUCUUUAUACCAGAAAAUUGUUCGCGAGUGGAUAGUUAUUUCACUCUCAUAUGCGCCAUGCACGAGUCAGGGCCUUCUUCAGGAGAAGAUCUGCAAAGCAAACAAUUGGCAGAGAACACAGCCCACUGCUGAUGUGGUUUCUCUAUUAUCUGAAAUUCGGAUUGGUACUGGCAAAAAUGACUGUUGGAGUGGAACGAAAACUGCAAACAUUCCUGCAGUCAUGGCUGCUGCUGCUGCAGCUUCUGGAGGCAACUUAAAAUUGACAGAGGCAUUCAAUUUGGAGGUUCUUAGCACUGGUAUAGUUAGUGCAACGGUUAAAUGUAACCAUGCUGGUGAAAUUGCUGGAAUGAGAAGGUUAUAUGAGAGCAUUGGUGGCCUCGACCCUAAGCCCGUUACAACUGACCUUCCAGCUUCUGAUUCUGAAAUGCUGUCCCAAAAUUUACAUCCCAAAAAUGAAUCCUUCAAUGAAGUAUUACUUACCAAAUUUGUGCGUCUGCUUCAACAAUUUGUCAAUACAGCUGAGAAAGGUGGCGAAGUGGACAAAUCAUCCUUUCGGGACACUUGUUCUCAAGCGACUGCAUUGCUUCUUUCAAAUCUGGAAUCUGACAUGAAAUCGAAUAUAGAGAGCUUUUCACAACUUCUGCGCCUUCUUUGCUGGUGCCCUGCUUACAUUUCCACGCCUGAUGCCAUGGAAACUGGUGUGUUUGUCUGGACAUGGUUAGUUUCUGCAGCGCCUCAGUUGGGUUCCCUUGUCCUUGCUGAACUUGUUGAUGCAUGGUUGUGGACCAUUGAUACCAAACGAGGCCUUUUCGCUUCUGAGAUGAGGUGUGCUGGACCGGCUGCAAAGCUAAGGCCUCACCUUUCUCCAGGGGAGCCAGAACUGCAGCCUGAAAAGGACCCUGUUGAACAAAUUAUGGCUCACAGAAUAUGGCUUGGUUACUUUAUUGAUCGUUUUGAGGUAGUUCGGCAUGAUAGCGUGGAGCAGCUUUUGUUACUUGGUCGAAUGUUACAAGGAUCUACAAAACUUCCUUGGAACUGCUCACGUCAUCCUGCUGCUACUGGAACCUUUUUCACACUUAUGCUUCUUGGGCUGAAGUUCUGUUCAUGCCACUUACAGCGCAACCUUCACAAUUUUAGAACAGGGCUUCAGCUGCUGGAAGACAGGAUUUAUCGGACUUCAUUGGGUUGGUUUGCUCAUGAACCUGAAUGGUUUGAUGGGAAUAACAACACCUUUUCCCAAAGUGAGGCUCAAUCUCUUUCCAUGUUUGUUCACCAGCUUUUGAGUGAGCGGAUGGAUUCUACCCAGUCUGAUCCUAAAGGACGGGUGCCUGAAAAUGGGAACUCGGUAAAUGGCGUGAAGGAACAGUAUCAUCCAGUCUGGGGCCAAAUGGAGAACUAUGCUGUUGGAAGGGAAAAACGAAAGCAGUUGCUUCUGAUGCUAUGUCAUCAUGAGGCUGAUAGGCUUGAAGUUUGGGCACAGCCUGUUGGCUCAAAGGAAAGUGCAUCUCGUCCAAAAGUUAGCUCUGAAAAAUGGGUUGAAUAUGCGAGGACUGCCUUUUCUGUUGAUCCUCGAAUCGCUUUAUCCUUGGCUGCAAGAUUUCCAGCUAAUGGUGUUCUGAAGUCUGAAGUGGCACUGCUUGUUCAAACAUAUAUAUUGGAGAUCCGCAGCAUACCUCAGGCAUUGCCUUUUUUUGUUACCCCAAAAGCUGUAGAUGAAAACUCUGCCCUUCUGCAACAGCUGCCUCACUGGGCAGCUUGUUCAAUAACACAAGCUUUGGAAUUCCUAACUCCAGCUUAUAAGGGACAUCCACGUGUUAUGGCUUAUGUUCUUAGGGUGUUGGAAUCUUAUCCUCCUGAGCGAGUAACAUUCUUCAUGCCUCAGUUGGUGCAGUCUUUAAGAUAUGAUGAAGAGAGGCUUGUAGAAGGAUACUUGCUUAGAGCUGCUCAAAGAAGUGAUAUAUUUGCGCAUAUACUGAUAUGGCAUUUACAGGGGGAGACUAGUGUGCCAGAAUCUGGAAAAGAUGCUGUUUCCACAAAAAAUAAUUCAUUUCAAGCACUGUUGCCUGUUGUGAGGGAAAGAAUUAUUGAGGGUUUCACACCUAAGGCCCUGGACUUAUUUAAAAGAGAGUUUGAUUUCUUUGACAAAGUCACAUCUAUCUCUGGGGUCCUAUUUCCUGUUCCAAAGGAGGAACGACAAGCUGGUAUUCGGAGGGAGCUGGAGAAAAUUCAAAUGGAAGGGGAUGACCUCUAUCUUCCUACUGCCACAAAUAAACUUUUGAGGGGUAUUCAAGUUGAUAGUGGAAUUCCAUUGCAGUCAGCAGCAAAAGUUCCCAUUAAGAUCACAUUUAAUGUUGUGGACCGGGAUGGGGAUCCCAAAGAUAUAAAGCCUCAAUCUUGCAUAUUCAAGGUUGGAGAUGACUGCCGGCAAGAUGUUCUUGCUUUGCAAGUUAUAUCACUUCUAAAAGACAUAUUUGACAGCGUCGGAAUCAAUUUAUAUUUGUUGCCCUAUGGAGUUCUUCCUACUGGCCCUGAGAGAGGAAUAAUAGAGGUUUGUCGAAAUACACGAAGCAGAAGUCAAAUGGGUGAGACAACUGACGGUGGUUUAUAUGAGAUCUUUCAGCAGGAUUAUGGACCUGUUGGUUCUCCCAGUUUUGAAGCUGCUCGUGAGAACUUCAUCAUCAGCAGUGCUGGUUAUGCAGUAGCAAGCUUGUUGCUUCAACCCAAGGAUAGACAUAACGGCAAUCUACUCUUUGACAACGUGGGGAGACUUGUUCACAUCGAUUUUGGUUUUAUUUUGGAAACUUCCCCUGGUGGAAAUAUGCGAUUUGAAAGUGCCCAUUUUAAAUUGAGUCAUGAAAUGACUCAAUUAAUUGACCCAUCUGGUGCAAUGAAAAGUGACACUUGGCAUCUUUUUGUGAGUUUGUGUGUGAAGGGUUAUCUUGCUGCUCGGCGUUACAUGGAUGGGAUUGUGAACACAGUCUUGUUAAUGUUAGAUAGCGGAUUGCCUUGCUUUAGCAGGGGUGACCCUAUCGGAAAUCUUAGAAAGAGAUUUCACCCUGAGAUGAGCGAUCGUGAGGCUGCCACUUUCAUGAUCCGGACGUGUACAGAUGCCUACAAUAAAUGGACAACUGCUGGUUACGAUUUGAUUCAAUAUUUGCAGCAGGGUAUAGAGAAGUGAGGAAUUAUUGUGUGGAUCUUCUCCGCUGUAAUUUUCCUAUCAUUUUGUUGCUCAAAUCGUACUGGCAAAUUUUUUGGAGGGAUUGCGAGAAUGUGUGUUAAUAAUGCGCUGAGUCUUUGUAGAGGUGUGUAUAUUCCUAUUGUCUGUGAAAAUGAAGAAGAAGAUCUUGCACAUUUGUUGUGGAA